AAUGACCUCCAACGCCCGUUAAGUUGUCGGGUUCUUUUUUUUUCGUUUUGACACACCCAAAGACUAGCACGGAAUCUUGUUUGGACUUUGUAAUUCACAAUGGACGGUGUUGAGAAAGCAGCGGCCGCUAAAGAUACCUUCGUCACCCCUGAGAUGACAGACAACAAGACGAAAGAUACGGUUGCCAUUGCGCACAAUGACCGAGCCAUCUGGGAAAACAGGGAGCCAUACGGACCUGCUGGUUGGGAAAAACCCCUUUUGUAUCCUUUACAGAAAGAUUUACUGAACGAGUGAACAGGAUUUAGAGGGCUAUUCUCGUCCUCGUACGUAGCAGUAUGUGCCGCCUUCUCUGCCCUUGGUGGUUUGCUUUUUGGGUACGACCAGGGCGUCGUAUCUGUCAUUCUCGUAAUGCCCCAGUUUCUCGACCGCUUUGAACGCGUUUCAGAGCAGGCCUCAGGUGCUGGUUUUUGGAAAGGUCUCUUGACAGCUAUGAUUGAGCUUGGUGCUUUACUAGGUGCACUUAAUCAAGGUUGGAUAGCCGACAGAAUCUCCCGCAAGUACUCCAUUGUAGUAGCCGUUGUCAUAUUCAUCAUCGGUUCAUCACUCCAGACGGCAGCGGUGGAUUAUGCCAUGCUCACAGUCGCUCGCUUAAUUGGUGGGGUGGGAAUUGGUAUGCUUAGCAUGGUAGCUCCUCUAUACAUCUCAGAGAUCUCGCCACCGGAGAUUCGAGGCGCGCUUCUUGUGCUCGAAGAAUUCAGUAUCGUCACAGGGAUCGUCAUUGCCUUUUGGAUCACGUACGGUACGCAAUUCAUGUCGGGUGAAUGGUCGUGGCGUCUGCCUUUUCUACUCCAGAUCAUUCCGGGUUUGAUGCUCGGCAUUGGCAUCAUAUUUUUGCCCUUUUCGCCUCGUUGGCUCGCCUCAAAAGGCCGCGAUCAGGAGUCACUGCAGGCUCUUGCCAAGCUGCGCCGCCUCCCCGAGACAGAUCAUCGCGUAAGACAGGAAUGGAUCGAUAUCCGCGCAGAAGUUUCGUUCCACAAGGAGGUGAGCGCCGUGCGCCACCCCAAUCUGCAAGAUGACACCACGGCCUCUCGGAUCAAGCUUGAAUUUGCGUCUUGGAUAGACUGCUUCCGCCCGGGCUGCUGGCGUCGCACACAUGUUGGCAUGGGCCUCAUGUUUUUCCAGCAGUUCGUCGGCAUCAACGCCCUGAUCUACUACUCCCCCACCCUAUUCCAGACCAUGGGUCAAGAUCACAGGAUGCAGCUCAUUCUGUCGGGCGUGCUGAACAUCACGCAGCUGAUCGGCGUCUCGACGUCAAUCUGGACCAUGGAUCGCUUUGGAAGGAGACCGCUGCUCCUGUGGGGCAGCGUGUUCAUGUGCAUCUCUCACGUUAUCAUCGCGGCCUUGGUGGGUCAGUUCAGUAGCAACUGGCCUGCACACAAAGGACCCGGUUGGACUUCGGUCGCCUUCCUCUUCAUCUACAUGCUGGCUUUUGGCGCCUCUUGGGGACCUGUUCCUUGGGCCAUGCCUGCCGAGAUUUUCCCAUCCUCGCUGCGCGCAAAGGGCGUCGGUCUCUCCACCGCGUCCAAUUGGCUGAACAAUUUCAUCAUCGGGCUUAUCACCCCGCCUUUGGUCCAGAAUACGGGCUUCGGAGCCUACGUCUUCUUCGCUGUGUUCUGCGGUUUAAGUUUUGCCUGGACGUGGUUCUUUGUCCCCGAGACUACGGGUCGCUCGCUUGAACAGAUGGACGCUGUGUUCAAGGACUUCAGGGGUGAGGAAGAGCUAGCAAGGAGGAUGCAAAUUGAGAGGGCAAUUGCUGGAGUAGGCAUCGGAGCUGCUGCUGGCGCUGGAGACGACAGUGAUGAUGCGAAAGAGGCCGAAGUCUAACGUUUACUUGGUUUAAUGAGAGAGUGAUAUUGGGUGGCAAUCCAUUGAUUCGAAGAUGUGUGACAGAAUGUAAAAUCGUUUACGUAUUCUGAUGUGUUCUACUUUCCAAUGUAAUGUUGCAUUACUUCGCCGUCAGCUGUGCAGACUAUAUCAUAUGC